CGUCUGCUCGGGCCUGCCGAGCGUCGACUAGCCACCGGGAGCCGGCACGUAUGGGAUGCGUUCCUGCGACGUGAAAGCUGUUGGAGAUCAUGUCUGGACAUUGCACCGGCCGUCUACCCAACGCAGCAGGCGUCUGCAGGUGACGCGUAAGGCGUUUUCGCAAGUGGCAAAUGGUGUGGGCCUGACAACGCAGCAACGGACGCUGAAACGUCGAGAAGGCUACAAUACGAUAAGUGCCUUUUGACUCUCAUUUAGCUACAGCCAUGUCGAGGUUGGGCAAGAUAGAGGAGUUUGACGCCAAGGUUCAGACGUUCGAUUCGUACUUGCAGCGUUUCGAGCACUUUGUCAGUGCGAAUGACAUAGCUCAAGAGAAGAAACUCUCAGUAUUUUUGACAGUGAUCGGGGCGGAAGCGUAUGAAGUACUCAAGAAUUUGGUUGUACCAUCACUUCCUGGGGAGAAGACUUUUGAUGAAGUCAAGGUUCUAUUGAAAAACCAUUACAGCCCCCCGAUAUCAAUUAUAGCUGAGAGGUGCAGGUUUAACCGCAGGGUUCAGCUUGAGCACGAAAGUGUAGAAGACUUUAUCAUUGAGAUAAAGCAUUUGGCUCGGAAAUGUGAUUUUGGGUCCUUUCUUAAAGACGCUAUGCGUGACAGGCUUGUGGCAGGAAUCCGCAGCGAAGACAUUCAAAGGGCUCUAUUCACAGAAGAAAACCUGGGCUUUGAAAGUGCUUGCAAAAUUGCUCUUGCGCGAGAGCUAGCAGCCAAGCAAACAGCAAUACUGCAAGCAGGAGGGACAAACUCGGCUGUAAAUGCCCUCAAAUAUGAAGUGAACCCGGCUACUCAAAAGAAAAGAUCAAUGCAGCAGAAUGAGAACAAAAAGACCAAGAGUUGUUGUUGUGGUAAGGCGCAUGACUUCAACAACUGCUGGUACAAGAACUAUAAAUGCAACCGGUGCUCUCAAGUAGGUCAUCUGCAGAAAAUGUGCCCAAGAAAGGCUCUACACAAAAGAACGCAUAUCGUGUCGGAAUCAUCCAGUGAAGAUGAGCACACGAUGUACGCGUGCCACGAUUCAUCUGGCAAGAAGAAGGGCUACAUAGUUACCAUGACCAUAGAAGGAAACAGCGUUCCUAUGCAAGUCGACACUGGUGCCGCGGUGUCUGUAGUCCCUGAAGAGGUGUAUCGGUCGACUUUUCCACACGUUAAAUGUGAACCUACCACGGUUGUGCUGAAAACUUAUACUGGUGAAAAGAUUAAUGUUUUGGGGGAGUGUCAUGUAAAGGUGCAGUAUGAUGACCAGCAAGCUGUUUUACCGGCUGUUAUUGUGCGUGAAGCUGAGCGAAAGUUACCAGCUCUUCUAGGUAGGACAUGGCUCGAGAAAUUUCAGCUUGAUUGGCAGUCGUUGUUCUCUUUAAGUAUAGAUGAUAGAGUUGCUUCGCUACGAGAGAAGUACGCGGGGGUCUUCUCACCAACAUUAGGCGCUAUCAAAAACUAUGAAGCGCAGAUUGUCCUAAAACAAGGAGCUUCUCCUGUGUUUUGUAGAGCCCGGCCUGUGCCUUUUGCACUGCGUGAAGCAGUUGAAAAGCAGCUGGAUGAACUGGAGAAAGACGGCGUGGUUACACGAGUGAGUCACAGUGACUGGGCUACUCCUUUGGUGGUAGUUCCAAAGAAAGAAGGUGAUAAGCUACGGCUUUGUGGUGAUUUAAAAGUCACUGUUAACCCUGUUCUUAAGAUGGACCAUUAUCCAUUGCCGCAACCAGAGGAGUUGUUCACGUCAGUUUGUGAGGGAAAGGUAUUUUGCGUGCUUGACUUGUCGUCAGCUUACCAACAAGUCGUGUUAAGCGAGGAUUCAAGGCGAAUCCUCACAGUUAACACUCACAAGGGGCUUUAUCAAUUUAAUCGGCUUCCGUAUGGUAUUGCCAGUGCUCCAGCGCUGUUUCAGGCGCUCAUGGAUAAGGUGCUUAUGGGAAUAAAAAAACAUGCCUCGACCAGUUGGUUCACCACCAUCACUGUCUUCGAGCACCGCUGCAACAACUUCGAGGGUUCCCAGCCCGACUCUCCAGCCCCUUUUGCCACAUCACUCGCCGCCAAGUGGUCCUCAUCUGGAUACCACAGCUGCAGAUGCAUCUCCCGUGCCUUUGAGGCGAAGUGCUCGGGAGCGUCGUCAGCCGAGCUGGUUUAA